AUGUCCGCCAGCAUAAAAGCGAGUGCGCAACCAAUACGAUUAAUGAUGCAGAAGUUCCUUGAAGAAGUACAAAGAAUGGACCUAACGCCAUUCGAUCAAAACUUAACAAAAGAUAAACUGCGUCAGCUAUACGAAGCUAGGAAAAGGAUCAUCAAGGAAAGAUAUCGAAAUCAAUAUUGGCAUGCUCGAAGCAGCCAACUAGAAAUGGCUCGAAUACUUCAACAAAUAUCAGCUUCACUCAAGAAAAAGGAGGAAGAAGGAAAAUAA